AUGUGCCGUCUCCUCCAAAUAACGCUAAAUGUGAUUAUUUUGGGUCUUAGUACGGUUGAAACCGGUUUACCUUUCGGGAAUGGGUUGUUCGCACGCGCUAAUCGGGUGCAGCUGACGCCAAAUACAGAAGAGCCUCCAGGCGAUCUUCUAUCAGCUGUCGAGUCCCUGCCCCUGCUUAGCGCAUCGCAAACAUCGACUCAACAAUACUUCAUUGUUCGCCCUCGAGAUAUGAAAUCUGUCCAAGGAGAGCGCGUGUUAUUGGAAUGUCAAGUAGGAAAAAGAAAAGGGAGGGUGCAAUGGAGCAAAGAUGGCUUUCUAUUGGGAUACCAAACCGAAAUUCCUGGAUAUCCGAGACACAUGAUGGUGAUAGACGAUUUGACCGGGGUUUACAACCUAGUGAUCCACGGCGUCCAGAUGGAAGAUGAAGGAAUGUACCAAUGUCAAGUGGGACCUGCUAAUGGAGUUCAGCCGAUUCGAGCUGAAGCCAGUCUCCUAGUUAUCUUUCCUCCGGUUCGAUUGGACAUAAACGGGAGCCGAGCAACCGAAAUGGGAUUCCAGGUGCCAGCCGAUAGCGAGGUCAUCCUCACCUGCACUGCCAGGAUGUCCCGUCCCGAGAGCACAAUCCGUUGGUUUAGGAAGUCUGUCGAGCUCGUCCCAGAGGCCGCGAGGACCAUUACCGUCGAGGAGAGCGAGAGAAGACUCACGACGAUCUCUUCAAUAACACUCUGGCCAAGCAACAGCGUGGUCAACGAUCAGUUCACUUGUGAGGCUCUGCAUCCAGCGCUCCGCAACAAACAGAUGAAAGUCACGGCCUUGAUCCGGGUCUUGACGGCUCCCAACUCGACUAGAAUUGAGGGCUAUACGUCGGGAUCACCAGUCAGAGAAGGAGAAAUGCUCAAGUUGAUAUGCCGAUCCCGUGGCGGCAACCCCCCUCCGAACCUCCUCUGGAUGAAGGACGGUAUUUUUCUGCCUGGAGAGAUUAUGACGCAACGGACUCGAGGGAACCGAAUUUCCGAGAGCGUCCUGGAACUGGAGGUCCGAGCCACCGACCACGGGGCCGAAAUAUUGUGCAAACCCGACACAGAGAUCGUUGCGACUAAUCGGAGUAUUGAAGCCACCGUCCGCCUUGCUGUACACUUCGCUCCAAAAAAAGUCUCAAUCACGGGUCCCAGUGAAGUGCAACGGGGGAAAUCUGUGGUUUUGCAUUGCGCUGCAGCUCCAGCGAACCCUGCUGUUAAUUUGGAAUGGACCAUCGACGGCAUCCCGGUCGAGGCCGACUCAAAAACUACGCUGGUGACGGAAAUAGAGAAAGGUUUCAUUUCGUCGUCGAACCUCACUCUGAAAUCCACGUCUGAGAACAGGAGACCGAUCCGGAUCGUAGAUUGCCACACUAGAAGCAAUUUUUUGAGGGGCAGCACCUACGGAAGACAUAGGCUGAACAUAACUUUUCCGCCCGAACCUCCCGUUAUAACGUUCCAAAAUGAUGGAGAGAUCGUUAGAAGCGGAGCUUCUGUCACGAUGACGUGCACGUCCAAGGGAGGGAACCCGUACGCAGACCUGAGGUGGUUCAAGAACGGGGAGCCCAUGAUUACGAAAGACCACCAAACAAUUUUGAGCGACGGAGUCCAAAACUCGAUCACAUUCGGCGUCCAACGCGAAGAUAACGGCGCUGUUCUGCGUUGUUCGGCAUCGAAUUCAGCAACGCUGACUCCCAUGCAUUCGGAGGUCCAAUUGAAGGUGGCAUUCCCACCAGCACAUAUUCGGAUCUCUGUCAACCCGCCCCUCGCGAAGAUAGGAGGGAACAUCUCCUUGACUUGCGAGGUUUCAUCGAGCUUGCCGACUGCAGUUGUCCGAUGGUUCAGAGGAGCCUAUGAAGUGGAGGCGGAUCAUGCCCAGAUGAAUCAGCCGUCGGAUCACAACGGAGUCUCUUCGCUCUCGAGGGUCACGUUCGUUUCUGUCAGUGCUUCGGAGAACGGAGUCCCUGUCGCAUGCACAGCGUUCAAUCCCCUAUUGAAUACAACAACGACGGCCCAGGAGAAUCUGCAGAUCGCCUAUCCGCCCGUGUUCCCCCAGAGCUCGUGGAGUUUUAAUCUGACGGCUGGCGAAUCUCAAGUAUAUAACAUAUCCGCCGACGCGAAUCCCCCGGUGAACGUCGACGGAUACUCGUGGACUAAACGCGGAGGGAUGCUCGAUGGCACCGACCCUCACAACAUAGGAGCUCAGCAUUCCGUCGCUUUUCGGGGAGCGCUGCUGCAACUACUGAAUGUCACACGAGCCCAGGCCGGAACUUACUUCGUUCAGGCCGAGAAUAGCUUAGGGAGGUCAGAGGCGUCAGUGGACAUCGACGUUUUUUAUCCUCCCAUUAUCGACAACAUCACUGAGCGGGUCGAUGUGAACGAGGGCGGCACUGCAAGACUGUACUGCUCGGCGAAGGCGAACCCUUCGCCGCCUGACCUGCUCUCGUGGCGCCGAUUAGCGGGGCCGCCGGUCGAGCUCAAUGCUCAGAAAUGGAUGAACAGAGGUUCAGCUGUCGAGCUCAAUAUCCCAAAAGUUUUCCGGAACUUCAGCGGAACUUUUGAGUGCUCCGCCAGCAAUGGGAUCGGCCGUGCGAGCAGACGGACUGCUCAACUCGUUGUACAUUAUGCACCUUCGAUUCUUCCCGCGCCCGACGCACCAAGACACCGAAUCGCGGCCGCCGUGGGUGACGGAAUAGAAAUUUCAUGCAAAGCCGACGGCGUUCCAGCGGUUGAUUUCCAAUGGUUCUUCAACGGUCGCGUCGUCGUACGCGCCCAGCCAAAUUUGGAGUUCACGAGGAAAAGUCGAGAGGAUUUAUUUUCCGAAGGAAUACUGGUCGUAAAGCGGGUCAGCUAUUCUGAUUACGGGAUAUACUCUUGUGUUGCCAACAAUACGCUCGGGACGAGCAAGAUUAACUUCACUCUGGUGCAGAAAUCUGUUCCAGAUCCUCCGAAUGGACUCGAAGCAUUCAACGUUUCUCACCAGACUCUCAAGCUCCGAUGGCGUUCUGGUUUCGACGGGGGAUAUUCUCAAACUUAUUAUAUAUCUUAUCAGGCAGUCGACCCUCAGCAGAUGGAGAAGCGGGAGUCGUUCAACGGGAACUUCGCCGGAGCCGGAUCGGAGCAAAACGGAGUAGCCGAGAACGUUAUGAUGAACCUGUCAACCACACGAACCUCGUUCGAAGUAGAAGGCCUCAUGCCGAAUACCGCGUACCUGAUAGCACUUAAGAGUGUAAACAAGCUCGGUUGGAGUCAAUCGACAGAUACCCUCACAGUGAUCACUCAAGAUGUGCCGAAGCUGGACCUCACCGCAUCUCUGAGUGGAUCUGGCCGGAACAUUUUCAGCUCCGCGGUGUUGCGAUCGUCGAGCAAUCCCGCAGCGUUCGGUAUUGCUCUAGCGAGUGUACUCCUCUGUGUCAAUUUGGGCCUAUUGGUUGUAAUCAUGCGAAGGAAGAAACGCAUUACGAGGUUGUCCCUCGGAUCAACGGGAGCCGUCGAUCUGAGUUUGAUGAGCAAGAAGACCCGGACGAUUAAUGAUACACAAGUGAUGAUAUUCGGAGAGCAAAGCCCUAACGGAGAGAAGUCGAUAUCGAAGCGAUCUCAGAAAAUGAUCAACGACGAGCACUGGAUUCAGGACAGCUCGAAGUUGGACUUCCCGCCAGAUGAUUUCAAAGCGAAGGUUGACCUGAGCGCAACUCCCAAUAUAUUCGUCAACGAAGACUCCGACCAGCAUCACUUCCUUGGGACGGAUGCAAUCCUACCGAGCUCGAAGCAUCGGGGAACGAUGAAUCUUCCAGCUCGUCACGCGAGUAACGACGUUUUGUCGUCGCAUUACGAAGACACAAUAUCAUCGACGCUUUUGGAGGAGGACACGUACUCACUCAAGCGGUAUCAGGAAACAACAGCAGCAAGUACGACGACGAUGACGCCGCACCGGCCUCAGCGGCUCGGGCAGAGACGAAAUCUCGGGAACCAGUCCAUGAUGUUGCCCCAAGUAUCGUUGAGCUCAAACCAAUUGCACGAGCCAUUUGUUUGA